UGUUGAUAAGGCAAUGGAGUCCUCAGACGAGGAUGAGACAACAACUCCCACCACCAAAACAACCACCAUGAAGCUCAGCCAGCAGGAACGAGCCACUGCCCUGAAAGAGGAGGGUAACAAAUGCUACAGUAAUGGACAGCUUGACAGUGCUAUAGCCAAGUACACCCAGGCAAUGGCAUUGGAUCCAAGCAACCCCAUCCUGCCUGCAAACCGAGCAAUGGCUUACAUCAAGAUAGAAAAGUAUGCUGCUGCUGAGGCUGACUGCAAUAAGUGCCUAAAGUUAGAUUCAAAAUACAUUAAGGCCUACCUGAGAAGAGGAACUUCUCGGAUAAAGCUAGCAAAACCAGAGGCAGCAAGGGAAGACUUCCAGAAGGUGCUGGGACUAGAACCAUGGAACAAAGAAGCCAAAAAAGAAUUAGAGAAACUGAACAAAUUCCUUGCUGGUGAGAAGAAAGGCCAGGUACUGGACAAGGACAAGAAAGAGAUCGAGAGGGACAACAGCACAAAGGAUGCUAAACCGCAGGGAGCAUCACAAGAUAAGGAAAAGAUGACGCUCCCAGAUGCGUCCAAGACCCGUAAGGGGAGCGGCGAUGCAAAAGAGACGCAAGACAAGGGGAGUGCAUCCAGCAGCCAAGGGAGUAAAACAAAGGCAAAGAAGCUUAAGAUAGAGGAAGUUGGUUUUGUGAAUGAAGAUAAAAGUUCCAGUGAUCCAGAUGUUGUUACCCCCAUUGAAAAGCCACCUCACCUGAGGUCCAUGAAACCUUUGAAGAGAAUAUCAGUGAUAGAUGUACCUACAUGUGAUGCCAUUGGAAAGUUAACCACAGAGGAAACGGACAAACAAGAUAUACAAAAUAGUUCUGUAAAAGUGAAGCCAAAAACCACCAGUGUGGAUAAGUCCCAGACUGCAGAAAAGACUACCACCAUCAGCGCCAUUCCUCUUCCACCGAGAACCUCACAUCAGUUUUCACAGGACUGGUUGAGACUCUGUUCUCAUCAGACUCGCUCUAUUGAGUAUUUGAAGACAAUUCCCCCUUCGUUUUUCAACAAUGUGGACUUGGACACUGAUGUGCUGGUUGAUGUCUUAAGAGCAUUGGCAUCGGAAAAUGUUGCGUCCUUAGAAGCAGCAUCGUAUUUAACAGCCCUUGCGAAGUCCAAUGAGUUUGCAGUGAACAUCAUGUUUUUAGAUAGUGAACAGAAGAAAGUUCUUCACAAUUUGAUGACGAAGUGCAAGGAGGAGGAGAAAUAUUCUAAAGAGAUCAAAGACAUAGAAAAACUUUUACCAUAGCAUGUACCUCAGCCAGUAUGGCCUGUUAUAUAUGCAUUACGUAAUAUUGGCAUGUAUUCCAUCUUUAUAAUAAAGUCAAGUU